GUACACAGUGUGAGAGCCGGAGCCACAUACUGUAUGUGUAUGUGAGAUGAGGAGAAGCUAAGUGGCUACCACAACCACCCAGAUAAGACAGCCUUCUGUGCUGCAAGAUGGAUUAGAGCCCCACACCUCAGGAGAUCAAAGGUGGCUGUGACAGGGGCACCCCCGGGGCAGGACCCAUGAGGAGUCAAAGAAGAUGCUCACAGCCUGGGCGCUUCUGCUCUUCUUAGCCAUGUGGGUGAGAAGCACCUCUGGUGGCCCGCUCUCCUUCAGAAUAGCUGCCAUCCUUGAUGAUCCGAUGGAGUGCAGCAGAGGAGAGCGUCUGGCCAUCACGCUGGCCAAAGACAGCAUCAACAGGAACACUAAUCGCUCCACCACUGGCAAGCUGGAGGUGGAUAUCUUUGAACUGCUGAGAGACAGCGAAUACGAAAUGGGGGAAACAAUGUGCCAGAUCAUGUCUAAAGGCGUAGUGGCAGUCCUCGGUCCCUCUGCCAGUCCCGCAUCCAACUCCAUCAUCAGCAAUAUCUGUGGAGAGAAGGAGGUGCCCUAUGUCAAAGUCGCUCCAGAGGACAUUCUGAAGGUUCAAUUCCCACGGUUCACCACUCUUGACCUGAGGCCAACCAACAUGGACAUCAGCCUGGCUGUGGCCGGUCUUCUCACCUUCUUUAACAGCACCGCCGCCUGCCUCAUCUGUGCACAAGCUGACUGCCUUUUGAACCUGGAGCAGCUCCUCAGGCAGUUCCUCAUCUCCAAGGAAACUCUGUCAGUGCGUAUGCUUGAUGACAGCCAAGACCCGACCCCCCUCCUUAAGGAGAUACGAGAUGACAAGACAGCAACAAUUAUAGUCGACGCCAACGCCACCAUGUCCCAUAUGAUUUUGGAACGGGCAUCAGAGCUGGGAAUGCUGUCAGUCUACUACACUUACAUCUUCACCUCUCUGGAGUUCUCUUUACUCCGACUGGAUGACGUGGCGGACCAACGAGUCAACAUAGUUGGUUUUUCAGUUUUCAACAAAACUCAUCCAUUCUUCCAGGAUUUCGCACUAAGCCUCAACCGCUCCUGGCAAGAAAACUGUGACCAUGCACCCUUUGCUGGCACCCCGCUCUCCUCAGCUCUGCUCUUUGAUGCGGUAUACGCGGUGGUGGCGGCGGUCCAGGAGUUGAACCGUAGCCAGAACGUUGGCGCCAGUCAGCUCUCCUGCAAGUCCUCCAAGAUCUGGGAGCAUGGCACCAGCCUCAUGAAUUAUCUGAGGAUGGUAGAAUUGGAAGGUCUAACGGGCCACAUUGAAUUCAACAGCAAAGGUCAGCGGUCCAACUACGCCCUAAGGAUCAUGCAGAACAGCAAGGAUGGCCUAAGGCAGAUUGGCCUAUGGCACUCUGAAGGUGGGCUGUCCAUGGAGAAAAAGCUUCCAUCAAUCAAUGUGACGGACACCCUCUUCAACACUACUCUUACCAUCACAACAAUAUUGGAGAAUCCAUAUGUGAUGCUGCGGCCGAAUCACCAGGAGCUGGAGGGAAAUGAACGCUAUGAAGGUUUUUGCGUGGACAUGCUGAAGGAGCUAGCAGAUAUUCUCAAAUUCAAAUAUCGAAUCCGGCUGGUGGGGGACGGACUGUACGGAGUACCGGGAGCCAAUGGAACGUGGACCGGCAUGGUCGGAGAGCUCAUCUCAAGGAAAGCUGACCUGGCGGUUGCAGGCCUCACCAUCACAGCAGAGCGUGAAAAGGUCAUUGACUUCUCAAAGCCCUUCAUGACCCUCGGCAUCAGCAUCAUGUACCGCGUCCACCUGGGACGGAGGCCGGGCUACUUUUCCUUCCUGGAUCCCUUCUCCCCUGGUGUAUGGCUCUUCAUGCUUCUGGCCUACUUGGCAGUCAGCUGCGUCCUCUUUCUGGUGGCCAGACUGACACCGUAUGAGUGGUACAACCCCCACCCGUGUUUAAAAGGACGCUGUAACCUGCUGAUCAACCAGUACUCACUUGGAAAUAGUUUCUGGUUUCCUGUUGGAGGCUUCAUGCAGCAAGGAUCCACAAUUGCUCCCAGAGCUCUGUCAACACGUUGUGUCAGCGGAGUGUGGUGGGCUUUUACAUUAAUCAUCAUCUCAUCCUACACCGCCAACCUGGCUGCCUUCCUAACAGUUCAGAGGAUGGAGGUGCCAAUAGAGUCAGUAGAUGACCUGGCAGAUCAGACGGCAAUAGAGUACGGCACCAUGCAUGGAGGAUCCACAAUGACCUUUUUCCAGAACUCUCGCUACCAGACCUACCAGCGCAUGUGGAACUUCAUGCACUCAAAGCAGCCCAGUGUGUUUGUGAAAAGCACGGAGGAGGGGAUCGCCCGUGUCCUCAACUCAAAUUAUGCCUACUUGCUGGAGAGCACCAUGAACGAGUACUACCGGCAGAGGAACUGCAACCUGACACAGAUCGGAGGACUGCUGGACACCAAGGGCUAUGGCAUUGGCAUGCCACUGGGGUCUGUGUACCGUGAUGAGUUUGACCUGGCCAUCCUCAAACUGCAGGAGGACAAUCGUUUGGAGAUCCUCAAGAGGAAGUGGUGGGAUGGUGGCAAGUGUCCAAAGGAGGAGGACCACCGUGCCAAAGGUCUGGGUAUGGAGAACAUUGGCGGUAUCUUCGUGGUGCUGGUGUGCGGCCUCCUGGUGGCUAUCUUCAUGGCAGUGCUGGAGUUUGUGUGGAUGUUGAGGCAGACGCCAGGAACUGAGCAGUCAGUGUGUGAGGAGAUGCUACGGGAGCUCCAGGGGAUCGUCCUGUGUCGCGACAGCCUGCAGGUGAGGCGCAGGCGAUCAGCCUCAAUACUGCGACCGCGGCCCCUACCCUUGGAGGAGCGUCGGGCUCGAGCUGCCGCAGCCAGCCUCAGCAACGGCAAGCUGUGCGGGGGCACCGGACUGCCUGAACCUCUUUCCCACAGACUGGCACAGGAAGCUGCGCUGGUUGCAAGGGGUUGCAGCCACAUCCGCAUUUGCCCUGAAUGCAGACGCUUCCAGGGACUGAGGAUGCGCCCUGCAGGGGCCACGGGGGCCCUCCCUUCUCCCACACACAGUGAGGAGAGCAUAGAGUGGGACAAGACCACAAAUAGUAGUGAACCUGAAUAACGCCCAGUGAUUCCAACAGGGCUGACUUUCCCAGCAGCCACCUCUCUACUUUCCAGGGAUCAGAGGUCAUGUGGUAUUUUGAUUCAGCCACUCGGAGCUUGAUCAUCAAGGGCAGGACAAUGCUGUGGACUCUCUUGUGCCAUAGAAAGUUUUGGAAUCUCCUUGGGUGAAUUUUUUCCUUGGUCAUUGGAAAAACUGAUGAGUCUGUCUCGUUGUGGUCUGUCCCUGUUGGCCCUCUGUACUGUGUAAAACAGGACGGACAAAAACAGCUACGGGGCAUUUGUACUAUGCAGUAUUUUCAGUCAUUUAUCAUUGUGCUGUUUCUUUUUCUUUUCUUUUUAAAUUAUUUCUAUCCUCUGUUGGAUUAUCGGUACUGAAUAUUGUUAUUCUAUUGUUCUUGGGGGGAAAAAAACUUUAAACAAGUUCCUUUUUUUAAUCUGACAAUUAACUGUAUGAGCGUAUAUUGCCUCUGAAGAGCUGCAAAGAUGAACAGACUAAU